AUGAGCACGUACGAAGCACAAUGUUGUAGUGGAGACGAGCAUUCAAAAGAUAAAUGGUUUGCCAACUACAUUGGUGAAAAUACUGGUACAGACACAAUUUUGAAGAAGUAUUCGUCAACUGUUGCAACAAUUUUUACUGGCCUUGCUUCUGCUGCAUUUCUGGGACAUAAGUUGACCAUUAAUUUUCUCCUGGGCAUAUCAGUGGUGUUUAUUUCAAUGCACCAGUUCUUCUCUCCAGUGGCUAAAGUCAAAGAUGACAAACCAACUGAAUUAUUAGAGUCGGAAGAUACACAAAAGCAUCGGUCAUCUGAAUCUUCUUUUGUAAAUAUGACUGCUGGUGCCACUGAUGACGCGAGCCAUCGGAUUGGAACUGAUGAGAGGCAACCACUGUUGCCAACAUGA